CAUACCCUCUUGCGUGCCCAGCCAUUUAAGCUGCACACCUCCGCACGCUAGCCCCGCGUCCGAUGAACGCAAUGCUUGCUGCUGCGCCAGCUGUGCCCCAUCCCGCCAUAGUCGCCGCGGCGCAGGAGCCCUGCAAACAUCGUGGACUUCGCUUGGGCCAGCUCACUUACCCUGUCAUAUUGACCACUGCGACGGCGCUGGCGGCGAAACAGCGGGCCAAGGCAGGUCGAACUUGCAAGCUUCGCACCAGGCGUGUCCGCCUGGCCGCCGAAGGUUUUCCACAGAGCGUUACGGACAGUGAUGCCGGGCUCUUCACAUCGUCCUCCAAAUCGGAGCUGAUGCUGGAAGUGCCUCCCAAGGCUGGGCGCCCGCGUGUGUUGGUCCUGGGCACCGGCUGGGCUUCGGCCUCCUUCCUGCAAGCCCUCACCCCAGAGCAGGCCCAGCUGUACGACAUCACGGUGAUCUCCAUGCGAAAUUUCUUCCUUUACACCCCUUUGUUGCCCACAUGCACGAUGGGUUCAAUUGAGGAGAGGUCCAUUGUGACGCCCAUCCGUGAGAUGGCAGCUGGAAAGGCGGAUUUCUUGGAAGCGCGAUGUGAAGGCAUUGAUGUGGAGAAGAAAGUGGUGCGCUGCAGCCGGGCCCGUCGCUCCAAAGUCAGUUCCAAUGCGCAGUACCACCGGUUUCCAGACAAGGAGGAGGGCGAGAAGUACACCUUCGAGAUGCCCUAUGACAUCCUUAUUUACGGCGUUGGGGCCAAGACCAACGACUUCAAUGUGCCCGGUGUCAAGCAGCAUUCCUUCUACUUCAAGGAGCUCAUCGACGCCCGCAACGUGCGAAGUCGCAUCUCCGACCUUUUCGAAGAGGCGGCGCUGCCCACCAUGUCCCCAGAGGAUCGCGAUGCGCUCCUGAACUUCAUCAUCGUUGGAGGCGGUCCAACUGGUGUUGAGAUCGCGGCGGACUUGGCGGACUUCGUAGAUGAAGACUGCAAACGGCUUUACCCCAAGCUGCAGGAUCAGGUGACGAUCAACUUGGUGAACAUGGAAGACCACUUGCUCUCAACCUACAGCCGGGAUAUCUCCGAAAAGAGCUUGGAGGUGUUCAAAGCCAAAGGUGUCAAGGUCCUCAAUGGCUGGCGGGUCACUGAGAUUACCGAGGAUGUGGUGAAAAUGACCACAAAGCAGGGUGAUUACAAGGAGAUUCCUCAUGGCUGCGUUAUUUGGGCUGCAGGCGUGAAGCCUACCAGCCUCACGCAGCAAGUGAAGGCAGAUCUUCAAGGGCUCAACAAAGGAAGCAGGGAAGCGGAGCUUCAAGCAAAGGUCCGUGGUUUGUCCACCGACGAAUGGCUCAACGUUUGGGGGAGCAAGGGCUCUAUUUUCGCCCUGGGCGAUGCCAGCACAGUGCAGCAGGAAUGCGCCUGCUUUUUUGCGCAAGAGCUCUUCCAGGAGGCGGACGUGGAGAACACGGGACGCCUCAGCAUCCACGCGCUGCGAGACCUGCUUCGGAGCAACUCGGAGCGCCACCCCCAGUUCGAGGCCUACGCACAGUACUUGGAAGAGGCCUACACCGAUUCCUUCUUGGAUGACACCUUUGCAGAGAUCGCUCAGGUCUUUGGCAAGAAAGACCGCAAGGAGCACGUGGUUUGGCGCCAGAGCUUCGGCCAGCGCGUCAUUGAUCGGAUCCGGCCCAAGCGUCGUGAGGAAGUCCACGAGGACUUUCGAUCGGUGAACCUCUUGGACGAGGAGAGCAUCACUUUUGAGAGCUUCAAGGCUCUUUUGGCCAGCAUCCACAAGACCUUGGAGACCUUCCCUCCCACCGCGCAGGUGGCAGCACAACAAGGGAGCUAUUUGGCCGAUCUCUUCGGCAAGGGCUGCUUGAAGGGAGAUGAGGAAAGCUUGCAGAAGCUCAAGGAGGAAUCAGAACCAUUCACAUAUUUUCAUAAAGGCGCCUUGGCAUACCUGGGUGGUGAUCAUGCGGCUUUUGACUUGCCGCUGGUUGGCCCGGUCUCGGGACCUUUGGCUGGCCUAGCCUGGAGAGCUUACGAGACCUCGGCGCAAAUCAGCUGGAAGAAUCGAGCUCUGGUGGGCUUAGAUUGGGUGAAGACAAAAAUCUUUGGCCGAGACCCUUCCAGGGUCUGAGUGAGUGCACGUUUGUGUACAUGCUUGCUGCCGCUUUUAGUGUAAUUGAUGCCGAACACGGGUUGUCGCGGAGUGUUGAACUUGGGCAAAUGAUGGCACAGAGGCUUAGACAAG